AUGGUUGCAAGAGAAACAACAAUGGCUUCCAGUGAAGAACACAACCCCAAAUCAAGCAAUCCAGCUCUGGGUCCGGAUCUAGACACCCCAGACCACCCUGGUCUCGAAUUCGCCCAAUUCGGAGCCGGGUGCUUCUGGGGAGUGGAGCUGGAGUUCCAGCGAGUGGAAGGUGUGGUCAAGACCGAGGUUGGGUACUCUCAGGGCCACCUCCACGAUCCGAAUUACAAACUGGUCUGCACUGGCACCACCAAACAUGCUGAGGUGGUUCGGGUCCAGUUCGACCCGAAAGUCUGCCCAUACACCAAUCUCCUCUCUCGCUUCUGGGGCCGCCAUGACCCUUCUACCUUGAAUCGCCAGGUACAAGAAGAGUUCUAUUCAGUUGAUUAUUUUAUGGGUUUCACUUAAAUUCAUGAUUGGCGAUUUUAAAAUUGGGGGAAUUUAAGAGAAGAGGAGAUCCACAUACUUUUUGUAUAUAAUUUUAAUUUUUUUUUAUUUUUGGUCAAGAUAAACAGUUUGAUUCCAAUACAACAAUUUUAAAUUUGAUCAAAUUUCGACGUUUUGUAUGAAGAAAAUAUUAUUUGGACCUAAUCUGUGGAUCCUAAUUCAAUUUAAUCACUGAAUUGAAAGUGGGCUCAAUAUGCUUUCAUUAAUGGGAACUAAACUGGGUGGUUACUUUAGUAGGAUCCACUGGUUCAAUGCUUAAAACUAGACUUAAAUUGCAACGUGGUACUUGAGGGUUUCAAUCGUUCCCUUUGUACAAAUAAUGCCAAAGGUUAUGUUUACGAGGAAUACUAUUUGGAUCUAAAAAUUUAACCUAAUUUGUUGACAUAAUGAUGUAGCUUCAAUAGAACCAUUUGAUCAAUACUAAGUUUCAAUGUUUGAUAGGCUCUACAGUCAAUCUAAAGGUUAUAGUAAAUUCGGUUAGCAAAUUAGGUCAGUAAAUUAGGUUCCAAUAGCAUUCCAAUUUAUUCUUCUUCUUCGAGCCACUUUAGUAAAGAUUGAAAUGGGUCUUAACCAUUUUGGAUCGGUCCUAACAUGAAAGAGAGCAAAUGUUGCAUUUGUUGUUGACAUUCGUAUUUUUUAAAGAUGGAUUCAGGCAUAUUAAGCGUUGGGAGGGUUGAGGAGCAAACCUUUUGUACAAGUCUUUAGGAGAAGUAGUUGUGAAAGUCAAAAAUAAAUUUUUGGCUUCCUCUCCCACAACCACAAUGAUCCUUUGUUGAAUUUGAUCACCUUUCAAGUAGAAAGGCCAUUAGAUUAGGCUUAGACACUGUCCUUCUCUUGCUUUUGGGGCCGUUUGUUUUGAGUAUUAGAGUGGUAUAAGGAGGUAGUAUUAGGAAAAUAGUAUGUGGGAUCUAUCUUAUACGUUGUUUGUUUGGCAUUUUAUAGUCAGUUCUAUUUUUCGGGUCGUAAUACUGACCCGCUAUGAAUAGUAGCCAUAAUGUCUCAUAGAAGGUCUUAAU